AUGUCCCAGUUUUCACAUCGCCAGGUCGUCAUUGAAUUUCUAUUCCUGCUUCUGAAGAUUGCAGUACAAUUUGGAUGCAUUUAUUUCAACUCCCAUUUGACACCACCAUCGGCAUUGCAGGCUUCUACCAGCACUGUCCUUGCCGAUCUCCGCGAGAUGGGGAUAAAUUGGAAUAAGGACUCCAUCGAGCGAUUCAUCGGUGCAUUACUGGCAGCGCAUCCAGGAUUUACCCCGGAUUACAAAACAAUGGCAGUCCACUUUGGCCAAGGUGCCACCUACGACUCCAUGAAAUGUCGAUUCCGCGAGUAUCGUAAAUUUGCACAGAGCAUGCGUCAGGACAACCAAGAACUAGCUAAUUCUCGAACUCCCAUCCGCCGCACUACCAGCAGUGGCCGCAUUAGCAAACCGAGCUCUGCAGUUAAAAGCGGUCGGAUGCAAACGCCCUUGACCCCGACUAAACUGAGCAAAAUGAAAACCGAGAACGGCUUUGACAACCCUAUCCUGAUCGAUGAAGGAUUGGAUUGUUUCGUCAAACACAAUAGUGAAGCCAGUAUUCCUUAUGAAAAAAACCCAGGGAUGUGA